AUGGAAGUCAAUAUUCUUGCAUUUAUUGCUACUGCACUCUUCAUUCUCGUUCCUACUGCUUUUUUGCUUAUAAUUUACGUAAAAACGGUUAGUCAAAAUAAUUAA